CGUCGAUAACUGAUGGUCGAUCGGACGCCUUUUAUCGUCUCCGUUCAUAAAAUAGCUUUGAAACGACCAAAAAUUAUAGUGAUAACAUGAAGCGAUCCUAGCCAUUGCAUGCGCGCUUCUUGUCUCCAUCAUACACACAUUUCUCCAUUUUCUUACCUUAAAGUACAGCGUUUUGUCAAAUAUGCAACGAGAUAUUAGGAAAUGGUUUAUGAAGGCACAUGACAAAGGCAAUGACGCUGAUGCCAAGAAAGUGAAACCUCCUUCAGUUGAACCGAAGGAGCCUGAAAUACCUGUAAAAGGAGACCAAGAUAUAUCAAGCAGGAAGAAAACUAGCAAGUAUUUUGCAAAGGAUAAACAACAGUCAAAUGAUGAAAAAGAAAUCAGUGAAAUUUCCGCGAAGAGAAAAACUAGGAAUUAUGAUGAUCAGUCACUGAAAUCCCCUCAUGGGAAGAAAGUUCACAAAGUUGAGGAGAUUGAGGAUGAAGAUGAUGAUGACUUUGUCAUGCCUGCUAAGAAGAAUGUCGUUGAGGUGACUCCCAGUAAGAAAUUAAAGAAUGGUUCAGGUAGAGGGGUUGCUCAGAGGCCUGUAGAUAAUGUUGCCAGUGAUGAAGAUGAGGCUACUGAAUCUCCUCUCAAGUCUACUGGAAGAGGUCGUGGAGGAAGAGGUGGAUCAGCUGGCGGAAGAGGUAGGGGAGGUGGACGGGGUGGUUUUAUGCAAUUUGGUGAAAGGAAAGAACCUUUACACAAAGGAGAAAAGGAAGUGCCUGAAGGUGCCCCGGAUUGUUUAGCUGGUUUGACUUUUGUAAUCAGUGGAACACUUGAUAGUUUGGAAAGAGAAGAAGCAGAAGAUCUGAUUAAGCGGCAUGGUGGCCGCAUUACUGGAUCUGUCAGCAAGAAAACAAAUUAUCUUUUAUGUGAUGAAGAUAUUGAAGGACGAAAGUCUAGCAAAGCGAAAGAGCUUGGCACUCCUUUCAUGACAGAGGACAAGUUAUUUGAUAUGAUACGGUCAUCUAAUGCAAAGGCUCUGGUUCGGAAAGAGGUGAAAGAGUCUGUACAAAAAGUUGCUUCUCAGUCAAAGACAAGUCCUAAGAAAGCAGAAGUAAAUAAUGGUUUAUUUUUAGGAACCACUUCAACAGCAAAAGGGAGUCGCAAAGAUUCAACCCCUGCUACAAUUCCUUCAAAGCAGAAAGAACAAACUACCAAAUUUACUUCUCUUCCAUGGACAGAAAAAUAUAGACCAAAGACACCAAAUGAUAUCGUUGGGAAUCAGACACUGGUUAACCAGCUGCAUAGUUGGUUGAAAUAUUGGAAUCAACAGUUCCUAGAUGAUGAAAAGAAGGGGAAGAAAACAAAACAGAAUGAUUCUACCGCUAAAAAAGCUGUCCUAUUGAGUGGGACACCUGGUAUAGGGAAAACAACAUCAGCAAAGCUGGUCGCUCAGAUGUUAGGUUUCCAAGCAAUUGAGGUGAAUGCCAGUGAUAGUAGAGGAAAAGCGGAUUCUAAGAUCAGUAAGGGAAUUGGUGGAAGCAAUGCCAAUUGUGUGAAGGAACUUGUUAGCAAUGAAGCUUUGGGUUUUGGAAUGGAUAGGUUGAAGCAUCCAAGAACAGUUCUAAUUAUGGAUGAAGUGGAUGGGAUGUCUGCAGGAGAUAGAGGUGGAGUUGCUGAUCUUAUUGCUAGCAUAAAGAUUUCCAAAAUUCCUAUAAUCUGCAUAUGUAAUGAUCGUUAUAGUCAGAAACUCAAAAGUCUAGUUAACUACUGCUUACUUUUAAGUUUCCGGAAACCUACAAAACAUCAGAUGGCAAAGAGGUUAAUGCAAGUUGCAAAUGCUGAGGGGCUUCAAGUUAAUGAGAUCGCGUUGGAAGAACUAGCAGAGCGAGUGAAUGGAGAUUUGCGAAUGGCUUUAAACCAGUUGCAAUAUAUGAGUCUCUCCAUGUCAGUCAUUAAGUAUGAUGACGUUAGACAGCGUCUUCUUAGCAGUGCAAAAGAUGAAGAUAUUUCUCCAUUCACAGCUGUUGACAAGCUUUUUGGUUUUAAUGGAGGUAAGCUGAGAAUGGAUGAGCGGAUUGACCUUAGCAUGAGUGAUCCUGAUUUAGUACCACUUCUUGUUCAGGAAAAUUAUAUAAAUUAUAGGCCAAGUUCAAUUGGUAAGGACGACAAUGGGCUGAAACGAAUGAGCAUGAUUGCGCGUGCUGCUGAGUCUAUUGCUGACGGAGAUAUAAUAAAUGUUCAGAUUCGAAGAUAUCGACAGUGGCAGCUCUCCCAAUCUGGUUCUUUAGCAUCUUGUAUUAUUCCUGCUGCAUUGAUGCAUGGACAAAGGGAGACUCUUGAACAGGGAGAGCGGAACUUUAACAGGUUUGGUGGGUGGCUGGGAAAGAAUUCAACUAUGGCAAAAAAUUUGAGGCUCUUGGAGGAUUUGCAUGUUCAUCUUCUUGCUUCCCGCGAAUCUAAUUUGGGGAGGGAGACACUUCGACUUCAAUACUUUGCACUUCUUCUGAAACAAUUAACUGAUCCUCUUCGUAUGCUGCAUAAGGAUGAAGCUGUUGAAAAAGUUGUGCAGUUCAUGAAUGUUUAUUCUAUGGGUCAGGAAGACAUUGAUACUAUUGUUGAGUUAUCAAAGUUUCAGGGGCACAAAAAUCCAAUGGACGGCAUCCCUUCUGUUGUCAAAGCUGCAUUAACCAGAGCAUAUAAAGGAAAUAAAUCAAUGUUACGAGCAGCAGAUUUAGUCCCACUUCCUGGCAUUAAGAAGGCUCCGAGUAAGCGUAUUGCAGCAAUUAUAGAACCAUAUGAUGACGGUGUAGCAGAAGAAAAUGGUGAUACAUUAGCAGAAGUUGAAGAAGAAAACUAUUCUGACGCAGAGGAUUUAGAAGCGACCGCCGAUGGCGAGAAGCUGCAAUCUGAACUUGAUAGUUUGAAAUCCAAAGGAAUAAAAGUAGAGGUGGAACUUAGAAGCACGGCAAAGUCGAAUGCCAAAAAGAUAGCAACAGGUAGAGGAAAAGGUGGUUCUUCAUCUUCUGGAAAGAAGCCGGCAGGUAGAGGAAAAGGAGGUUCUGUAUCAGCAGAGAAGAGCGGAUCUAAGAGAAAUAGAUAAGGAUUGAUGCCUUUGACAGCUCCGCCAAGAUGAACACUUUUUAUUUUACUGGUUAAUUGGUGAGUAUCUCUAGCAUUAGCAGAACUCUAGUAGUAUCUCUAGCAUUUUCUAUGUAAUAAUUUUUGGUCAGUUGUUUUGGUAAAUAUUUUGAAAAGGUCGUUGCCUAGUUUUCACACUAGUAGAUAGUAUGUUUCUGGUUUCUUUUACUAGUUGUAAUCCUCACCUUCACAUGCUCUGCCGAAGAAGCAAAAUAGGCUUUGUUCAUUGUAUUUUCCAUCUAAAAAUUAUGGGUUGUUUUGGACAA